AUGGACUUCCGCGUGGCGACGUACAAUAUCCUCUGCAGCCACCUGGCGGAGCCGACCUGGUUCCCUCAGUGCAGCCCUAGGAACUUGGAUGCUCCCACCCGGUUGAAGAGGGUCAAGCACAAGCUGGAUGCGGAGAUAUCGAAAGGGUCUGUGAUAUGCCUGCAAGAGGUGGGCAUCCAGUGGGCAGGCGACCUACACGUGUACUUCAUGGCCCGGGGGUACGCGUUCGUGACGGCGCAUUACGGCAUGCACUUCAACAACUACACGGGUGAGGCGCUGGUUGGGCAUCCGAGUAUGCACUGCAGUCACGACCGGCGAAGACCUGUUGUUGCCACACUGACUGCUGUGUGUUCCCGCAUCCCACAAGGAAAGAGUGUGGCUACGAGAACUUCCUGCUGA